GCAAGAUGAACAUUUUUUCUCAUGCACACUUGGACGUUAUGUCGACAGAGACACUGUUUUCACUCUUUUGAAUUGACAGAAACUUUUUAUUUGAACAAAGGAAGAUAACUGAAGUACAAGAUUCCGCGGAUUCGAGAUCAGUAAUUAAAUAGCUUUGUGAGACACACAUUACUUUCUGCAGUUUAUAAACCAACUGGAGUAAACACGGAGAAACUGCAAUUCCUUACUGGUUGGACUUCACUUGUUCUUUUGUAACGGAGAUUUUAAAAUAGGUCCUGGAGUGAAGGGGAUGAAACAAUGGCAACAGGAGAAAGAAAACAUUUUCAUUACGUAAUUUAUAUCCACUUGCUGAAUAUCAGCAGUUUUGUUGUUCCAGUCACAGGAUUUGCACUGAAGACUUGCCGAAUCAGUUACGAUGUUGCCAUAUGUAGCAAUAGUAGACUCAGAACUGUUCCUCAAGAUAUUCCCUCAACAGUGAUAGGUUUGGACUUGUCUAAAAACAACAUACCAAGAGUAAAAGUAUCAGAUUUCACAAAUCUACCAGUUUUGACAAAGUUAGACCUAAAACUCAACAGAAUUUCGCAGAUAGAUAACGGUGCCUUUGCCAAUCUGAUUUCCCUCAAGAAGUUAAAUCUAAAUAAUAACAGACUUGUUGAACUUGGAGAGGAUCUGUUUCAUGGUCUGAGCAACCUCACCGAGCUCAGAAUUAUUAGUAAUCACAUCAAAGCUGUGGCAUCCACCUCUUUUAAGCCCAUGACAAGCUUAAAGUUUUUGGACAUUUCUCGCAACAAACUGCAGCACAUAACAGAAGUUCAUUUAAUAUUACAGCACCUGCCACAUCUACAAGAGCUGUAUCUUACAAACAAUAAAUUAACCACUUUUCACUCAUGGGAUCUGACAAACAACUCGCUAGAACUUAAAUCCCUUGAUUUGUCUAAGAAUCCAAUCGCAAUUUUUAGUAUUACUGCAGACGUUUUUCCAAAUCUCACCUGGCUUGAAAUCGGCAACUCUUCUAGAAAGCAACAGAUGAUAUGGGAUGUGCGGAACAAGACUUUCUUUAGUCGAGUGUCUACUCUUGAUAUUAGUGGGCUUCAAAUGGCUUUUGAUGACAUGAAAACAUUACUAGAGACCGUGAACUCCUCACUGACAACUCUGAGGAUGAAUUCAAUUAAUCAUAACCUCACAGCGCUAAUAAACAUUUCCUGCACCAUCCCAACAAUGUCCACACUGCAGCUCCGCAAUAAGGAACUGAAGUCCGUCAGUUCACAUAUGUUGAAGUUGUGCAUUAAUGUAACAGAGUUGGAUUUAGCAGAGAGUCAAAUAAACAACAUCCAUGUCAACGCCUUCAGAUCUGUUCAAAGUUUAAGAAUCUUGAAUCUGAGGAGCAACAUGCUUUCAUCUGUUCCAGCUGCCACAAGGAAUCUACCAAGUCUUGUAGAGUUGAAUCUCAGCUCUAAUAAAAUCAGCAAACUUGGAUGUGAUGAUUUCACCAAUCAGACAAUGCUUAGAGAGCUCAGCCUUGAUGGGAAUGAAAUCUCAGCUCUAAAAGAAUGUGAUUUCAAGGAUUUAAUACGAUUGCAAGUUUUAAAGCUACAGACCAACCACAUAUCCAGGUUAAACGGUGCUUUCCAAAAAUACUUGCCAAAUCUUAGACAAUUACUUUUGAAUAGAAAUUCUCUCACUGCCCUUAAAAACGAGCAAUUCAGGGGCUUACAGUCCCUCCAGAACUUGUCAUUACAUGAAAAUCAAAUAAGUGAACUUGAAAAUGGAAGUUUCAUUGGUCUAACGAAUCUUACCGAGAUUCUGCUGCAGAUUAAUAAAAUUACAGCAGAGGAAAUAAACAAGGGUGUUUUCAAUGAUCUUAUAAAUUUAAAAAGAUUGGAUUUGAGGGACAAUCACAUUAAAUAUGAAACCAGUUCAGCUUUGCUUUAUGCACCAUUUUCUCAGCUGUCCCGUCUAGAGAUAUUGGCUAUUCCCUCACAACACCGCAGGAGGAAGUCUCACUUGCCUCGCAACUUCCUGCAAGGUUUGACAAAUCUCUUGCUUUUCAAUACCAGGAACAUUCAACUUUUAUCUUUGCAUGAAGACAUGUUUACGUACACGCCUCAGCUGCAAACACUUGACAUUAGCUCAAAUGAGCUUAUGGAUCUCUCUCCAGGUUUGUUUUCCUCAAUUCCAAACCUUAAAAGUCUUUACGUAUCUAGAACAAGUCUUCGGUCUCUAGAUUUUCUCCUACAUGCCAACCUAGCCAAACUGGAGUUCUUGCAGGCGAGAAAGAAUCAAUAUUCAGUUAUCAGUGAAGAAAUAAUAAAGUCCGUACCAGCUCUCGUUUAUGUGGAUCUUCAAGGGAACAGUUUCACCUGUGACUGCGAUAAUGCCCGGUUCCUCCAGUGGGUAAAGAACAACAACCAAACGCAAAUUUUUGAUGCGUAUAACUUUAAGUGCAACUAUCCUGCCAACUCUGAAGGCAAGAAACUGUUGGAACUGGACGUCCGCCUCUGCUCAGUAGAUAUUGAAUUCAUCUGCUUUAUCUCCACCACAUGCACAGUCCUCCUGUUUAUGGUGGUGUCCUUCACCUACCAUUUCCUGAGGUGGCACCUGGCCUAUGCCUACUACCUCUUCUUGGCUAUGCUCUAUGACACAAAGCAUAAAAACAAGCAAGCUCCUAAUCAGUAUGACGCCUUCAUCUCCUACAACACCCAUGAUGAGCCCUGGGUCAUCCGAGAGUUACUGCCCAAACUGGAGGGAGAACAGGGCUGGAGAGUGUGUCUGCACCAUCGUGACUUUGAGCCUGGUAAACCCAUCGUGGACAACAUCACAGAUGCCAUUUAUGGAAGCAGGAAGACCAUCUGUGUGAUCAGUCGCAGAUACCUUGAGAGUGAGUGGUGCUCCAGAGAGAUCCAGGUGGCCAGGUAA